AUGAAAACAUUCUUGCUUGUUUCGGAUAUUCAUUCACGAUUUGAUAAUAUCGAGAACCUCUAUAAAUGGCUUAUUGAUCAUAAUCGAUUUACUGAUAUCGAUUAUGUUAUUGCUUCAGGAGAUCUGGUCAACACUGAUUACGUGACACCAGAUACUGAACCUACCAAAAAGGAUGAGCAAGAAUAUCGCGAAGUGAUCUCUGCAUUGGUCAAAUAUGGGAAACAAUUUUAUUAUAUUCCUGGAAAUCAUGAUCCGACCAGAGCUUUUAGUCAAUCGGGUGAAUCAUUGGGAGGUCAGAAUUUCCAUCAAAAAGUAAUUGAAUUAGACGAAGGAUUGAGCAUGAUUGGCUUUGGUGGUUCGGUUGAUGGAGUUUAUAAACAUUCACCGGAUCAAGUUGUCUGGCCUGCAUAUCCAAGCAAUACUGAACGAUCUAUCACCGAAAAUCUGCCAAUUUUGCUAUCUAAAGUCCCAUCUGACAAUGAUAUUCUGUUAGUAACUCAUUUCGGACCAAGUGUAACUGCGACUGCAGAUGUAAAUAUUUUCCCUGGAAACGAAGAAAAAACUCGAAUCGAAUCUGGAAGGCAAGUCUUCCCUGCGCUUCGUUCAUUACUUACUUCUCAUACACCGCCCAACACUGACUUGCAAUCAAAAUAUCAAGUGAUAACUGUUAAUAUUCAUGGUCACUCUCAUUAUCCUUUUGGUCUGACACAUAUCGGUCAAACAAUGAUCAUUAAUCCUGGCCCAUUACGUGAUGGUAGAUUUGCAAUUUUGAAAAUGGAACGCAUUGAAAGAGAAUUAUUAUUAAAAAGAGAUCUCGAAAGAAAGUUAAUUUUAGAGCAUCUAAAUAACGAAAAAGUCUGGAGCGUCGUUGGACUAGAAUUUUUUUUCAUUUAG